AUGCAGGUAGACAUUGGACAGUUCUUUGCCGAACAUGACAUCGUACCGGUGCUGAUCGAUCGUGCACCGGACGCGUUCGCUAAGGUGGUGUACCGCGCCAAGAAGCUGGUGGACGCCGGUAAGGAGCUGACACCGGCGGAAGUGCGGGAUGAACCGAAGGUGGAGUGGUAUGCCGAUCCGACCGCACUCUACACACUCGUGAUGAUUGAUCCGGACUCACCGAGCCGUAUGGAACCGUGGAACCGGGAGUUUGCACACUGGCUCGUUGGGAACAUUCCCGGACGGCACGUACAAAAUGGCGAGACCUUGUUCGAGUACAUUCCGGUAUUUCCCCGAUCGGGUGUAGGCUUCCAUCGGUACAUCUUUCUCGUAUUUCAGCAGCAAUCGUGGAACGACUACUCGGAAGUACCGCGUACCUCGAACAAAAAUCGUACGCCAAGGAUACGGUUCAGCACGCGAGAUUUUACCCGUCGUUACAGCCUAGGCAGUCCGGUGGCGGGAAAUUUCUUCAUCGCUCAGUACGAUGAUUUUGUGCCGGUUAUACUGGCCAGAUUUCCGACAUCGGAUGAUUACUAA